AUGCAGUUCAACAUCGCCACGUGCUGCUUCGACAGGAGCACCCGCAUCUUCGACAUGCGCGACAAGAGCGUUUCGGCGUGCCUCCAGCUGCACAACGACGACGUCAUCGGCGGGGCGGGGACGCGCUACAUAGAGCCCAGGUCUGGUUCUGGCUCGCGCCACCGCAGGGAUGCCUUGCAGGCCAUCCGCGACCUCGGCAUCCACGGCGCUUGGUGGUCCCACGCUGGCCUCCCGGACUCCCUCGUAGGCCUCGACUUCUCGCCCACGCGGGGCCUGCUCGCCACGGGCUCGGACGACGGCAAGAUCGGGAUCUGGGACUCGAGGACCUGGAAGCCCCAGCUGACCAUCGACACCAAGGCUCACGUCAGCCAGGACAACGAGGUCAAGCGCGUGGCCUUCAGCCCCAACGGCCAGUUCCUCGCCGCCGCCUGCUCGUCCGGCAAGGUGCUGGUGUACGACAUCCUGGAGGCCGGCGGGAAGGAG